UUAUUUGUUAUUGCAGAAAUGAAAGGGAUACCAAGACAACCAUCUUGGAUCUAAUCAUCGAAUAUUUUCACUAGUGAAACUAGGUAAAAUAUUGUAUUUUGAGGGCAAAAAUUAAAAAAAAAAAAGGAAGAGAAAAAGAAAAAAAUUAUCGAUCCUAUUCAUAAGAUCAUAUUAACUUUUCAAUGAUCAUUAACCUGAUUGUUUGAACUUAAUCGAAAAAUUCCUUUUUCUGACAUUAUUUUAAUAAUUUUUCUAAAGCAAAGUAUCAAAAAAAUUACUAUUCUGUAUGAAUUAGACCACUUAGAUUCCAAUAAUAAUUUCAAACAAUUCUCAGUUUAAAAAGUACCCAGAGAGUUCUAUCUGAAUUAAUAAGUGAAUAGAGAAAAAGUAAGAAAAAGAAAAAAAGAAGUAGAAGAUAAAGAGAAAGAAAAGCGAAUCAAGAAUUCAGUUUGUCAGGAGGAGAAAAUUCUUGAUAUCGAUUGAUCGAUCGAUCGAUCUAUUAAUCUUUCGUGUUUUAAGUGAAGAAAAAAAAGAGAAAUAGUAGUAGCAAAUUAUUGAUCGUUGAUAAGAGUUGGAGAAGAAAAAAACUGGAUUAAUAUCGAAGCAAUUUCUUUUCCGAGCCAGCCAUAUUGGAUUUCGUUGAGGUUGCUAAAGCAAAAGCGGAUAUCCUUUUUCCUGGUACCUGGUAAUGCUUUGCCUUCCUGAAUUGACGAGCAAGUAGGUAGUCAUUGAAUAAAAAAAAACAGAGAGUUAGAGGGAGAGAGAGAGAGAGAGAGAGAGAGGAAAAGAAAAAGAAAAAAAAGAAAAAAUAAUACGCCGUCGGCCACGGCCACCGUCGGCGACCAACAACAUGGCCGAUCACGAAAGAAUCAGAUUGGUCGUCCUCGGUGGCGCUGCUGUUGGCAAGAGUGCCAUAAUACGUCGUUUAUUAGGACAAGGUUUUAGUGAGAGAUACAGGCCAACUGUCGAGGAUUUAUAUUCAAGAGAAUGUGUUCUUGGAAAUCUAACUCUCAAAGUCGAUCUUCUCGACACUACUGGGGACUUACAAUUUCCAGCUAUGAGAAGAUUGAGCAUAGCCACGGCUCAUGCUUUUCUUCUUGUUUAUGCUAUAACAUCGUCGCCCAGUUUCGAAUGUGUUAAACGAUGUUUUGAAGAAGUUAGAGAACAACGUACGGACUUUCAGGAAGUACCAAUAGUGGUAGCUGGUAACAAAAAUGAUCUCGCUGCAACACGAAGAGAAGUACCAAUCGAGGAUGUAAGCGAAUGGCUUUUCUGUGAAUUACCAAAACUUCGAGCAAAGGUGAUGGAGUGUUCAGCUAAAGACGAUUACAAUAUAAAAGAUAUAUUUAGGUGUUUCGUAACGUUAUCAAGAAUCGUACCAAAAAAUCCAACUGGAGAAUCUGACGAAUCAGGAUUGAGACGGAGAUGUUCCGCUUAUGGUUCACGAAGAUCUGGCAGUCCGGGAAGCAGAUCAGGAAGUGCCGGUUCCGGAAGUCCUCAACCACAACUGGUUGCGACCCAAAAUGUCAACGUGGUAACCACAACGGAAGAAGUGAAAAGCAAACCACGAAGUCGUAGUUUGAUCAGACGUGCCUCGAGAAAAACAAAGCAACAAAUUCGAGACUCUCAUGCAGAUGACUGCAACAUUUCUUAAAGCCAUCAAACAAAAAAGAAAACGAAGAAUAAAUAAUGAAAGAAAAGAAGAAAGAAAAGAAAAGAAACAAAUAUGACGUCACGUUGUAAUUCUUUUUCGAAAGAUAAUUUUGUCGAUCGUCGACUCGCCGAACUUAUUAUUAGUCAGGAUGAUGAACUUAUUAUUAGUCAAUGAGAGUCACGUGGUUAAUUGAAAAAAAAAAAUAGAUCUCUCAAAUUUUGAAAAUCUGCAAAAAAUAAAAUUUAAAAAAAAAUGAAAAAAGAAAUAAGAAAAGGGGAAUAAAAGAGGAAGG